GACACAAGACCAAGAUCGAAAUGCAGAACAAUUCGAAGAUCUACUGUUCAGUUCAAAAGCCAGAGCUGGAUUCAGACUAUCAUCUGCUGACAAAAAAGCAAAAAAAAAAAAGAAGCAGUCAGUCUCAUCCCUGAGUCUCAAGCCAGACUGUCCAAAGGUUUGAAGAAGGAUCUAAGGACCAGGAUGCAGAAACUUCAACUCAUUUUAAUCAUAGUAGUCAGUGCUCUUAAUGCUUCAACAUUGGCUGCUGAAUUAAAUGUGAGACUCGUCAGUGGAACUGGAAGCUGCUCUGGUAGAGUGGAGGUUUAUUAUAAAGGUCAGUGGGGAACAGUGUGUAGUGAUUACUGGGACAACAAUGAUGCAGAAGUGGUGUGCAGACAGAUGGGAUGUGGUAGAGCCAUUAGUGUCCAUAAAUAUGCACAUUUUGGUAAAGGAACUGGUCCAAUACUUCUGGAUAAUGUUUUAUGUUCUGGAAGUGAAAGCUCCAUCACAGAGUGUCGUCAUAAUGGAUUUGGAAGACACGACUGUAGUCACGGUGAGGAUGCCGGUGUUACUUGUUCAGACAUUAGGCUGGUGAAUGGAACAGGUGACUGUGAUGGCAGAGUGGAGAUCUAUCAUGAUGGUCAGUGGGGAACAGUGUGUGGUGAUAACUGGGACAUGAAGGAUGCAGAGGUAGUGUGCAGACAGAUGGGAUGUGGCAGAGCUCUCAACGCCACUCGUAGUGCGCAUGUUGUUGACGGAAGUGGGCCAACAUUUUUUGAUGAUGUUGAUUGCACUGGACACGAAAGCAACCUCACAAGUUGCUCUCAAAGAGGUCGUGGAAUUAACAACUGUAGUCACAGUGAAGAUGCUGGUGUUAUCUGCUCAGAUGUCCUGCAGAGCCCCAUCCUCACCCUGAUUUCAUCAAACUCUGCUGUGGUGCCUGGGGAAACUGUUAUUUUCAGAUGUAAUUCAACCAACCCAACAUCCAUCUCUGUAGACUUCAGUUUAUUUAAAGAUGGAGUAUUGGUAAAAGCUCAAAAAGAUCAAUCUAAAACAUUGUUUUUUCUGACUGCGGAUGCGCCAGUUCAAGGCCAGUACACCUGUGGCUAUUCAUACCAGAAAGGCACAUCCAUCAUGUCAUCAUCCAAGAGCAACCUUAUCAGCAUCACUGUGGGCAUGAAUGUGAGACUUGUCGGUGGCACUGGAACUUGUUCUGGUAGAGUGGAGGUUUAUUAUAGAGGCCGGUGGGGAACAGUGUGUGAUGAUGACUGGGACAUAAACGAUGCAGACGUGGUGUGCAGACAGGUGGGAUGUGCCAGAGCUGUUAGCAUCCACAGCAGUGCUCAUUUUGGUCAGGGGACUGGCCCCAUACUUCUGGAUAAUGUUCAUUGUGUUGGAAGUGAAAGAUCUAUCACAGAGUGCCGUCAUAAUGGAUUUGGCAGAACUAACUGUCAUCACGGUGAAGAUGCUGGCGUUACUUGCUCAUACAUCAGGCUGGUAAAUGGAACGGGUGACUGUAAUGGCAGAGUGGAGAUCUAUCAUGAUGGUCAGUGGGGAACAGUGUGUGGUGAUAACUGGGACAUGAAGGAUGCAGAGGUAGUGUGCAGACAGGUGGGAUGUGGCAGAGCUCUCAGCAUCACUCAUAGUGCUCACUUUGGUGAGGGAAAUGGACCAGUAUUACUGGAUGAUGUUGGCUGUUCUGGAGACAAAAGCAACUCCACAAGUUGCUCUCAUGGAAGUCUUCGAACUACCAACUGUAGUCACAGAGAAGAUGCUAGAAUUGUCUGCUCAGAUGUCCUGGAGAGCCCCAUACUCACCCUGAUCUCAUUCCGUACCACUGUGUUGCCUGGGGGAAUUGUUGUUUUCAGAUGCACUGCACCCAACUCAACAUCCAUCUCUGUAGACUUCCGUUUAUUUAAAGAUGGAGUCUCGAUACGAACCCAAGAAGCUAAAUCUGCAACAACAUUUGUUCUGGCUGUGGAAACCUCAUAUCAGGGUCAGUACAGCUGUGGCUAUUCAUUCCAGGGAGGCACCUCCAUCAGGUCAUCAUCCAAGAGCAACUUCAUCAGCUUGACUGUGGACAUAAAUGUAAGACUUGUCGGUGGCACUGGAAGCUGCUCUGGUACAGUGGAGGUUUAUUAUAGAGGUCAGUGGGGAACAGUGUGUGAUGAUGACGACUGGGACAUAAAUGAUGGAGAUGUGUUGUGCAGACAGAUGGGAUGUGGCAGAGCUCUCAGUGUCCACGGCAGUGCUCAUUUUGGUCAAGGGUUUGGCCCAACACUUCUGGACAAUGUUCACUGUUCUGGAAGUGAAAGAUCCAUUACAGAGUGCCGUCAGAAUAGACGUGGCAGAAAUUAUUGUAAUCAUGGUGGAGAUGCUGGUGUUACUUGCUCAGACAAUAUCAGGCUGGGAAAUGGAACAGGUGCCUGUAAUGGUAGAGUGGAGAUCUAUCACCAUGGUCAGUGGGGAACAGUGUGUGGUAAUAACUGGGACAUGAAGGAUGCAGAGGUAGUGUGCAGACAGGUGGGAUGUGGCAGAGCUCUCAGCAUCACUCAUAGUGCUCACUUUGGUGAGGGAAAUGGACCAGUAUUACUGGAUGAUGUUGGCUGUUCUGGACAAGAAAACAACCUCACAAGUUGCUCUCAUGGAGGUUUUGGAAUUACCAACUGUAGUCACAGUGAAGAUGCUGGUGUUAUCUGCUCAGAUGAUGUCCUGCAGAGCCCCGUACUCACCCUGAUCUCAUCAGACUCUACUGUGGUGUCUGGGGAACCUGUUAGUUUCAGAUGCGCAAUACGUAACCCAACAUCCAUGUCUGUAGAUAUGCAUUUAUUUAAAGAUGGAAUAUCGAUAAAAAGCCAAGAAGCUAAAUCUACAACAACAUUUACUCUGACUGUGGAUACCUUAGACCAGGGUCAGUACCGCUGUGGCUAUUCAUAUCAGAAAAACAACUCCAUCAUGUCAUCAUCCAGGAGCAACUCCAUAGGCAUCACUGUGGCUGGUUUAAACGUGAGACUCGUCAAUGGAACUGGAAGCUGCUCUGGUAGAGUGGAGAUUUAUUAUAAAGGCCAGUGGGGAACAGUGUGUGACGAUGACUGGGGCAUAAACGAUGCAGACGUGGUGUGCAGACAGAUGGGAUGUGGCACAGCACUCCUUGCCCACAGCAGUGCUCAUUUUGGUCAAGGAACUGGCCCGAUAGUUCUGGAUAAUGUUUUAUGUUCUGGAAGUGAAAGCUCAAUCAGAGAGUGCCAUCACAAUGGAUUUGGCAGGAAUGAUUGUGGUCAUGGUGAAGAUGCUGGUGUCACCUGCUCAGACAUCAUCAGGUUGAUAAAUGGAACAGGUGCCUGUAAUGGCAGAGUGGAGAUCUAUCACCAUGGUCAGUGGGGAACAGUGUGUGGUGAUAACUGGGACAUGAAGGAUGCAGAGGUAGUGUGCAGACAGGUGGGAUGUGGCAGAGCACUCAACACCACUCAUAGUGCUCACUUUGGUGAGGGAAAUGGACCAGUAUUACUGGAUGAUGUUGGUUGUUCUGGACAAGAAAACAACCUCUUAAGUUGCUCUCAUGGAGGUCUUGGAAUAACCAACUGUAGUCACAGUGAAGAUGCUGGUGUUAUCUGCUCAGAUGUCCUGCAGAGCCCAAUACUCACCCUGAUCUCACCAAACUCCACUGUGUUGUUUGGUGAAACUGUUCAGUUCAGAUGUGCUGCACCCAACCCAACAUCCAUCUCUGUGGACUUCCGUUUACUUAAAAAUGGAGUCUCUAUAAAAUCUCAAAAAGCUCAAUCUGCAACAACAUUUACUGUGACUGUGAAUACCUUGCAUCAGGGCCAGUACAGCUGUAACUAUUCAAACUUCCUAAUUUCAUCAUCCAGGAGCAACUCUAUCAACAUCACUGUGGUAAUUGGUGCUCUUCAACAUGCUUCAACAUUGGCUGACAGUUUAAAUGUGAGACUAAUCGAUGGCACUGGAAGCUGCUCUGGUAGAGUGGAGGUUUAUUAUAAAGGUCAGUGGGGAACAGUGUGUGAUGAUGACUGGGACAUUAAUGAUGCAGAAGUGGUGUGCAGACAGAUGGGAUGUGGCGGAGCUCUCAGUGUCCACAGCAGUGCUCAUUUUGGUCAGGGAACUGGCCCCAUACUUCUGGAUAAUGUUGGUUGUUCUGGAAAUGAAAGCUCCAUUGGGGAGUGCCGUCAUAGUGGAUUUGGCAAACACGUCUGUAAUCAUGGUGAAGAUGCUGGUGUCACUUGUUCAGAAAUCAGGCUGGUGAAUGGAACAGGUGACUGUGAUGGCAGAGUGGAGAUCUAUCAUGAUGGUCAGUGGGGAACAGUGUGUGGUGAUAACUGGGACAUGAAGGAGGCAGAGGUAGUGUGCAGACAGGUGGGAUGUGGCAGAGCUCUCAGCAUCACUCAUAGUGCUCACUUUGGUGAGGGAAAUGGACCAGUAUUACUGGAUGAUGUUGGCUGCUCUGGACAAGAAAACAACCUCAUAAGUUGCUCUCAUGGAGGUCUAGGAAUUACCAACUGUAGUCACAGUGAAGAUGCUGGUGUUAUCUGCUCAGAUGUCCUGCAGAGCCCCAUACUCACCCUGAUCUCAUCAAACUCCACUGUGUUGUCUGGAGAAACUGUUCAGUUCAGAUGUACUUCAGCCAACCCAAUGUAUCGCUCUGUAGACUUCAGUUUAUUUAAAGAUGGAGAAUUGAUAAUCACCCAACAAGCUGAAUCUUCAACAACAUUUACUGUCAUUGUGGAUACAUCACAUCAGGGUCAGUACAGCUGUGACUAUAAAUACAGGAAAAGAACCUUCUUCAGGUCGUCAUUCAGGAGCAACUCCAUCAGCAUCACUGUGGAUGAUGUCCUGCAGAGCCCCAUACUAAUCCUGACCUCAUCAAACACUACUGUGGUACCUGGGGAAACUGUUGAGUUCAGAUGUUUAUUACGCAACCCAACAAAUCACUAUGUGGACUUCCAUUUAUUCAAAGAUGAAGAAUCGAUAAAAGCUCAAACAUCAUCUAAAUUUUACUCUACAUUUAUUCUGACUGUGGAUACCUCACAUCAGGGUCAGUACAGCUGUGACUAUUCCCACCGCAAAGCUGGAUCCACCAUGUCAUCAUCUAAGAGCAACUUCAUCAUCAUCACUGUGGACAGUUUAAUUAUAAGACUCUCUGGAACUGCAGACAGUGGAACCUGCUCUGGCAGAGUGGAGAUCUAUCAUGAUGGUCAGUGGGGAACAGUGUGUGGUGAUAACUGGGACAUGAAGGAUGCAGAGGUAGUGUGCAGACAGGUGAGAUGUGGCAGGGCUCUCAACACCACUCUCAGCACCCACAUUGGUGAGGGAAAUGGACCAGUAUUACUGGAUGAUGUUGGUUGUUCUGGACAAGAAAACAACCUCAUAAGUUGCUCUCAUAGAGGUCUUGGAAUUACCAACUGUAAUCAUAAGGAAGAUGCUGGUGUUAUCUGCUCAGAUGUCCUGCAGAGCCCCAUACUCACCCUGAUCUCACCAAACUCCACUGUGUUGCCUGGAGAAACUGUUCAGUUCAGAUGUACUUCAACCAACCCAACAUCCAUCUCUGUAGACUUCCGUUUACUUAAAGAUGGAGAAUUGAUUAUCACCCAACAAGCUGAAUCUACAACAACAUUUACUCUCAAUGUGGAAACCUCACAUCAGGGCCAGUACAGCUGUGACUAUAAAUACAGGGAAAGAAACUUCUUCAGGUCAUCAUUCAGGAGCAACUCCAUCAGCAUCACUGUGGUUGGUUUAAAUGUGAGACUCAUCAGUGGAACUGGAAGCUGCUCUGGUAGAGUGGAGGUUUAUUAUAAUGGUCAGUGGGGAACAGUGUGUGAUGAUGACUGGGACAUAAACGAUGCAGAUGUGGUGUGCAGACAGUUGGGAUGUGGCAGAGCUCUCAGUGUCCACAGCAGUGCUUAUUUUGGUCAGGGAACUGGCCCCAUACUUCUGGACAACUUUGGUUGUUCUGGAAAUGAAAGCUCCAUCACAGAGUGCCGUCAUAAUGGAUUUGGGGAACACAACUGUAAUCAUGGUGAAGAUGCUGGUGUUACUUGUUCAGACAAUAUCAGGCUGAUAAAUGGAUCAGGUGACUGUGAUGGCAGAGUGGAGAUCUAUCAUGAUGGUCAGUGGGGAACAGUGUGUGGUGAUAACUGGGACAUGAAGGAGGCAGAGGUAGUGUGCAGACAGGUGGGAUGUGGCAGGGCUCUAAACUCCACUCAUAGUGCUCGCUUUGGUGAGGGAAACGGACCAGUAUUACUGGAUGAUGUUGGCUGUUCUGGACGUGAAAGUAACCUAAGAAGUUGCUCUCAUGGAGGUUUUGGAAAAAACAACUGUAGUCACAGUGAAGAUGCUGGUGUUAUCUGCUCAGAUGAUGUCCUGCAGAGCCCCAUACUCAUCCUGAUUUCAUCAGACUCCACUGUGUUGCCUGGAGAAACUGUUCAGUUCAGAUGUGCAAUACGUAACCCAUCCAUCGAUGCAGACUUUCAUUUAUUUAAAGAUGGAGUAUCGAUAAAAACCCAAACAGCUAAAUCUUACAGUACAUUCACUCUGACUGUGGAUACCUCAGAUCAGGGUCAGUACAGCUGUGACUAUUCAUAUCGGAAAAACAACUCCAUCAUCUCAUCAUCCAGGAGCAAAUCCAUCAGCAUCACUGUCGCUGUUUUCGAUGUGCGACUCGUCGGUGGAACUGGAAGCUGCUCUGGUAGAGUGGAGGUUUAUUAUAAAGGACAGUGGGGAACAGUGUGUGAUGAUGGCUGGGGCUUAAAAGAAGCAUACGUGGUGUGCAGACAAAUGGGAUGUGGCGGAGCUGUCGGCGCCCACGGAAGUGCUUAUUUUGGUCGAGGAACUGGCCCCAUACUUCUGGAUAAUGUUAACUGUUUAAGAUCUGACAGCUCCAUCACAGAGUGCCAGCAUAAUGGAUUUGGAAGACAAAACUGUAAUCACGGUCAAGAUGCUGGUGUUACUUGUUCAGACAACGUCAGGCUGGUGAAUGGAAUGGGUUUCUGUAACGGCAGAGUGGAGAUCUAUCAUGAUGGUCAGUGGGGAACAGUGUGUGGUGAUAACUGGGACAUGAAGGAUGCAGAGGUAGUGUGCAGACAGGUGGGAUGUGGCAGAGCUCUCAGCAUCACUCAUAGUGCUCACUUUGGUGAGGGAAAUGGACCAGUAUUACUGGAUGAUGUUGGCUGUUCUGGACAAGAAAACAACCUCUUAAGUUGCUCUCAUGGAGGUCUAGGAAUAGCCAACUGUAGUCACAGUGAAGAUGCUAGUGUUGUCUGCUCAGAUGAUGUCCUGCAGAGCCCCAUACUCAUCCUGACCUCAUCAAACACUACUGUGGUACUUGGGGAAACUGUUGAGUUCAGAUGUUUAUUACGCAACCCAACAAAUCGUGAAGUUUAUUUUAAUUUAAUCAAAGAUGGAGUAUCGAUUGAAACUCAAAAGUUUAUAUUUUACUAUACAUUUACUCUGACUGUGCAAACCUCAUGUCAGGGCCAGUACAGCUGUGACUAUUCAUACUGGAAAGACAGUUCCAUCAUGUCUUCAUCAAGGAGUAACUCCAUCAGCAUCACUGUGGCUGAAUUAGCUGUGCGACUCUUCGGUGGCCCUGGAAGCUGUUCUGGUAGAGUGGAGGUUUAUUAUAGAGGUCAGUGGGGAACUGUGAGUGGUAAUGGCUGGGACAUGAAUGAUGCAGAAGUGGUGUGCAGACAGAUGGGAUGUGGCCAGGCUCUCGAAAUCCACAGCAGUGGUUAUUUUGAUCGAAAAACUUACCCAAUAAUUCGACAUGCUGUUCAUUGUUCUGGAAAGGAAAGCUCCAUCUCAGAGUGCCGCCAUAAUAGAUUUACAAGUUACUAUGAUCGUAAAGAUGCUGGUGUAACUUGUUCAGACAGUAUCAGGCUGGUAAAUGGAACAGGUAACUGUGAUGGCAGAGUGGAGAUCUAUCAUGAUGGUCAGUGGGGAACAGUGUGUGGUGAUAACUGGGACAUGAAGGAUGCAGAGGUAGUGUGCAGACAGGUGGGAUGUGGCAGAGCUCUCAAUUCCACUCAUAGUGCUCACUUUGGUGAGGGAAAUGGACCAGUAUUACUGGAUGAUGUUGGCUGUUCUGGACAAGAAAACAACCUCUUAAGUUGCUCUCAUGGAGGUCUUGGAAUUACCAACUGUAGUCACAGUGAAGAUGCUGGUGUUAUCUGCUCAGCUGGUUUAAAUGUGAGACUCGUCGGUGGAACUGGAAGCUGCUCUGGUAGAGUGGAGAUUUAUUAUAAAGGCGAGUGGGGAACAGUGUGUGGUAAUUACUGGGAUAUGAGCGAUGCAGAAGUGGUGUGCAGACAGAUUGGAUGUGGCAGAGCUGUCAGUGCCCAGAGAUAUGCUUAUUUUGGUCGGGGAACUGGACCCAUAAUCCUGAAUAAUGUUCACUGUUCUGGAAGUGAAAGCUCCCUCACAGAGUGCCGUCAUAAUGGAUUUGGAAGACACAACUGUAAUCACAAUGAAGAUGCCGGUGUCACUUGCUCAGACAAUACCAGGUUAAUAAAUGGAACAGGUGACUGUAAUGGCAGAGUGGAGAUCUAUCAUGAUGGUCAGUGGGGAACAGUGUGUGGUGAUAACUGGGACAUGAAGGAUGCAGAGGUAGUGUGCAGACAGAUGGGAUGUGGCAGAGCUCUCAGCAUCACUCAUAGUGCUCACUUUGGUGAGGGAAAUGGACCAGUAUUACUGGAUGAUGUUGGCUGUUCUGGACAAGAAAACAACCUCUUAAGUUGCUCUCGUAGAGGUCCUGGAAUUACCAACUGUAGUCACAGUGAAGAUGCUGGUGUUAUCUGCUCAGAUGUCCUGCAGAGCCCCAUACUCACCCUGAUCUCACAUAACUUCACUGUGGUGCCUGGUGAAACUAUUCAGUUCAGAUGUGCUGCACCCAACUCAACAUCCAUCUCUGUAGACUUCCGUUUACUUAAAGAUGGAGUAUCGAUAAAAUCUCAAAAAGAUCAAUCUACAACAACAUUUACUGUUAUUGUGGACACAUCAUAUCAGGGCCAGUACAGCUGUGAAUAUAGAUACCAGAGAGGAAGAUCCACCAUGUCGUCAUUCAGGAGCAACUCCAUCAGCAUCACUGUGGCUUUGAAUGUGAGACUCAUCGGUGAAUCUGGAAGCUGCUCUGGUAGAGUGGAGAUUUAUUAUAAAGGCGAGUGGGGAACAGUGUGUGGUAAUAACUGGGAUAUGAGCAAUGCAGACGUGGUGUGCAGACAGAUUGGAUGUGGUAGAGCUCUCCGUGCCUACAGAUAUGCUCAUUUUGGUCAGGGAACUGGACCCAUAGUUCUGGAUCAUGUUGACUGUUCUGGAAGUGAAAGAUCCCUCACAGAGUGCCGUCAUAAUGGAUUUGGAAGAAACAACUGUAAUCACAAUGAAGAUGCUGGUGUCACUUGCUCAGACAGUAUCAGGCUGGUAAAUGGAACAGGUAACUGUGAUGGCAGAGUGGAGAUCUAUCAUGAUGGUCAGUGGGGAACAGUGUGUGGUGAUAACUGGGACAUGAAGGAUGCAGAGGUAGUGUGCAGACAGGUGGGAUGUGGCAGAGCUCUCAACUCCACUCAUAGUGCUCACUUUGGUGAGGGAAAUGGACCAGUAUUACUGGAUGAUGUUGGCUGUUCUGGACAAGAAAACAACCUCUUAAGUUGCUCUCAUGGAGGUCUUGGAAUUACCAACUGUAGUCACAGUGAAGAUGCUGGUGUUAUCUGCUCAGCUGAUUUGAAUGUGAGACUCAUCGGUGAAUCUGGAAGCUGCUCUGGUAGAGUGGAGAUUUAUUAUAAAGGCGAGUGGGGAACAGUGUGUGGUAAUAACUGGGAUAUGAGCGAUGCAGAUGUGGUGUGCAGACAGAUUGGAUGUGGUAGAGCUCUCCGUGCCUACAGAUAUGCUUAUUUUGGUCGGGGAACUGGACCCAUAGUUCUGGAUGAUGUUCACUGUUAUGGAAGUGAAAGAUCCCUCACAAAGUGCCAUCAUAAUAGAUUCGGAAGAAACAGCUGUAAUCACGGAGAAGAUGCCAGUGUUACCUGCUCAGACAGUAUCAGGCUGGUAAAUGGAACAGGUAACUGUGAUGGCAGAGUGGAGAUCUAUCAUGAUGGUCAGUGGGGAACAGUGUGUGGUGAUAACUGGGACAUGAAGGAUGCAGAGGUAGUGUGCAGACAGGUGGGAUGUGGCAGAGCUCUCAACUCCACUCAUAGUGCUCACUUUGGUGAGGGAAAUGGACCAGUAUUACUGGAUGAUGUUGGCUGUUCUGGACAAGAAAACAACCUCAUAAGUUGCUCUCAUGGAGGUCUUGGAAUGACCAACUGUAGUCACAGUGAAGAUGCUGGUGUUAUCUGCUCAGAUGUCCUGCAGAGCCCCACAUUCACCCUGAUCUCACAUAACUUCACCAUGGCGCCUGGUGAAACUGUUCAGUUCAGAUGUGCUGCACCCAACCCAACAUCCAUCUCUGUAGACUUCCGUUUACUUAAAGAUGGAGAAUUGAUAAAAUCUCAAAAAGAUCAAUCUACAACAACAUUUACUGUGAUUGUGGACACAUCAUAUCAGGGCCAGUACAGCUGUGAAUAUAGAUACCAGAGAGGAAGAUCCACCAUGUCGUCAUUCAGGAGCAACUCCAUCAGCAUCACUGUGGUUGGUUUAAAUGUGAGGCUCAUCAAUGGAACUGGAAGCUGCUCUGGUAGAGUGGAGGUUUAUUAUAAAGGACAGUGGGGAACAGUGUGUGAUGAUUACUGGGACAUAAAAGAUGCAGACGUGGUGUGCAAACAGAUUGGAUGUGGCAGAGCUGUAUAUGUCCACAGAAAUGCUUUUUCUAAUUUUGGUCGGGGAACUGGCCCCAUACUUCUGCAUGAUGUUCACUGUUUUGGAGGUGAAAAGUCCAUCACAGAGUGCCGUCAUAAUGGAUUUGGAAGACACGACUGUAAUCACAAUGAAGAUGCCGGUGUCACUUGCUCAGACAAUAUCAGGUUGAUAAAUGGAACAGGUAACUGUGAUGGCAGAGUGGAGAUCUAUCAUGAUGGUCAGUGGGGAACAGUGUGUGGUGAUAACUGGGACAUGAAGGAUGCAGAGGUAGUGUGCAGACAGAUGGGAUGUGGCAGAGCUCUCAGCAUCACUCAUAGUGCUCGCUUUGGUGAGGGAAAUGGACCAGUAUUACUGGAUGAUGUUGGCUGUUCUGGACAAGAAAACAACCUCUUAAGUUGCUCUCAUAGAGGUCUUGGAACAACCAACUGUAGUCACAGUGAAGAUGCUAGUGUAGUCUGCUCAGAUGAUGUCCUGCAGAGCCCCGUACUUGUCCUGAUCUCAUCAGACUCCACUGUGUUGCCUGGAAAAACUGUUAGUUUCAGAUGUGCAAUACGUAACCCAUCCAUCGAUGCAGACUUUCAUUUAUUUAAAGAUGGAGUAUCGAUAAAAACCCAAACAGCUAAAUCUUACAGUACAUUUACUCUGACUGUGGAUACCUCAGAUCAGGGUCAGUACAGCUGUGACUAUUCAUAUUGGAAAAACAACUCCAUCAUCUCAUCAUUUAGGAGCAACUCCAUCAGCGUCACUGUGGCUGUUUUUAAGGUGAAACUCGUUGGUGGCACUGGAAACUGCUCUGGUAGAGUGGAGGUUUAUUAUGAAGGCCGGUGGGGAACAGUGUGUGAUGAUGACUGGGACAUGAAUGAUGCAGAUGUGGUGUGCAGACAGAUGGGAUGUGGACAGGCUCUCAGUGCCCACAGCAGUGCUGAUUUUGGUAAAGGAUUUGGCCGGAUACUUCUGGAUAAUGUUGGUUGUUCUGGAAGUGAAAGCUCCCUCACAGAGUGCCGUCAUAGUGGAUUUGAAAAACACGACUGUGAUCAUGAUGAAGAUGCUGGUGUUACUUGUUCAGUGCCUCUACCCACUCCUCAAAUCUCUCUCAGUCCCACCAGAGAGAUCUCAUGGGGAGAGAGGGUCGACAUCACCUGCUCUGUAGAAACUCAGUUCACAGGAGGAAGCUUCACUCUGACCAAGAGUUCUGGGUCUUUUAGAGAAACCAAGCAUGGCACCUCGGUCACCUUUAGUUUACCUACAGUGGACUUCACUCAUGAAGGGUCUUACUACUGCCAGUACCAGACACAAACCUCUGGUUAUAAUUCCAGUUCUCCACAGAGCAGCUCUGUGGAUUUUUUGGUUGUAGUAAACUUGCUUCAGCCUAAUAUCUCCUUCAGUGCUUCUGGUGAUUGGUUUCACUGGUGGCUUCAAGAGCAAGAGGUGACCAGAGGCUACAGCUUCUCCAUCAUCUGCUCUACUCAACCACAGUAUCCAGGAGGAUCCUUCCAGCUGAGGUUCAAUAGUGGAUCCAGUAUCACUAAAAUCACCAAGUCUGCUGUUAACCACUCAGCUUCCUUCUUCUUUGGUGAGGCUGAUUAUGUCCAUCAGGGAAACUACAGCUGUGUUUAUGAAGUAACCGUGUCUUCACGCACUUUCAGUUCUAAUAGCACUGAACUCUUGGCCAUCACUGUGAAAGCAUCGCUGCUCCCCAUCACUGGUUUUGCAGCAGCAGCAGCGGGACUGUUGCUUAUAUUAGUGCCGAGCAUCAUUUUCUUCAUGAAGAGAAGUCAACAAAAACAGCAGGUGUCUGGGAAGACAUAUCGUCAACAAUGUACGGAAAAUGAGUAUGCAAUGAAUCUCAUAAAAAACAAUAACGACAAAGAAGAUCCUCACACUGAAGAAGACUCAUUUUCCACUACAGAAAAGGACAGCAUGAUGGAGACCAAGUUAAUCUAAUUGCUAAUGCUCAAAAAUAUCAGAGAAUUGUGUUCAUUCGUAUUGUUAAAUUAUCUCUGAUGUAUACCUAUAUAGUUUGAUUUUUUGUUCCAAAAGCAUUCUUAAUCAUUAUAAUAAGUAUUUUACAUGGCUUAAUUGGCUGGGCUAAACUGCUACUGCCUGAAUGAGUGGGGCCAUUCCGGGGGCUAUUCCAUUUAAAGUAGACUGAAAUCCCUGAAUGUAUUAAUUUCAUUUCCAAAUUGUUAUACUAAUAAAAUCAGUUGUGAUCUUUAA